AUGAGUAUCAUUUAUAUUGACUCAUAUGGAAUUGAGAAAGCCUAUGGAGACGAUCUUGAUCAAUUUUCAAAUGCGAUUGGAUUAUUUAUGGUAGGUUGGGUAAUUUUUACUUUGAUGGUUAUAUUAGUUACUAUGAAAACAACAGUUGCAUUUUGUGGAUUAUUUGUAUUUCUCGAAAUUACUUUCAUCUUAUUAGCAGCUGCUGAUUUUACGGGAAAAGAAGGUGUAAGAAAAGCAGGUGGAGUUUUUGGGGUAAUAACUAGUGGGUUUGCUUGGUAUAAUGGAUUUGUGGGUACAGCAACCAAGUUCAAUUCUUAUAUUACUGGUAAAGUUAUUCCACUUCCUGGUAAUAUUAUGAAAGAUAAAUCAAAAUCAGAAACAUGA